CAGGGUGACUCCAGUAGCUCUGGUUUCCUCUGGGGAGCUGGUGCUUUCCAGGUGAUGGGAAAUGACCAUCACAUCAUCCUCUCUGCUCAUGACUGGAAGUAGUGCAGCUUCCAUCCCUCUGCUAAUCAAGUGCUGGCAGGAUGAGGAAAUGGGAAAUGUGGAUGUUUUGGCAUCUGAUAUCCUCCCACCUGAGACAAACCACCAGAACAGAGAUUUAGAUUUGUAUCCAUGCCAAUCUGUCAUGGUGGGAAGAGAGGAGUUCGCCUGUGGCAUGUGCUAAGCAACAGCUGACAUGAAAUGCAAUAUGUAAUCUUUUCAUCAUGUAAUUAAUUUAGUUUAUGAAUAUAAAAGGAGAGCAGAGAAGGAACUUACUUGACAUAAGAUCAAAGUGAAAGCAAAAGCAAGCAAGAAAUGUGUUGUAGAAGGGUGAGCAGAGAAAAUGGAAGGAUCCCUUUAGAUUUCCUCUAGCAUUCAGGAUGAGCUCAUCCUCACAAAACUAUCAUGUCAGAAAAGCUCCCACAUCCCAGUAAUGAAACAGAGCUUUGUUUCUCAACCUCUACCACAGUGCCUGAUGUCCCAGUGGUUGUGUAUGUAGCUUUGGGGUGCUGCCUCAGAGCCCAGCAUGGAGCAGAGACACCAGGGCCAGAGCCAGCAGUUCAUGGGGAGCUGCAGGACCACCCCCACCCUGUCACCCUUGGCUCUACAGAAACAACAGGAGUAGAAGGUGGCUUCAACACCAGCUGGGUUUACAGGGCAGUGAACGAGACAGCUCUGCUCAGCAUCGCUGCUCCACUGACCCCUGGGAACAGCUACUAUGUGAUAUGGAACAAAGGUGGUCAGAGGCUGGUUCAGCUCAGAGGUACCAACACCAAGUACUUUGUGAACAGGGAGCAGUGCAGGUGUGCGAUGCUCCGGAAUGGGACUCUGCAAAUCCAGCGCCUGCAGAAAGAGGACAGUGGGAACUACACAGUGAUGGUUUACCAGGAUGGAAAGCUGAAGGCAGAAGAAAAGACAAUAUUCUUUGUUCAGGAACCUGUCCCUCAGCCAAUCCUCACCUUUCGAUGUGGGAAAAAAAAUGUAUCUGUCAAGUGUGAAGCAAAACAGAAGGCUAAGGAUGAAGCAUUUACAACAGAGCUGACUCAACCCAAUAGAAAAAAAAUCCAGAAUAAUUCAACAACGCUGGAAUGGCAUGGGCGGAACUUUGGCAUGUUCAGAUGUGUUGUUAAGAACCAAGUCAGUGAAAACAUGGCUGAAAAAGUAAUCGAGUGCCCAGGCAAGAUGGACUUUUAUCUCAUCUUAAGCAUAGCAGGAGGUGCAGUCUCCUUUGUCAUCUUUGUGAUUUGUCUUAUUUAUUGUAUCAGAAGGAAGAAAGCAAAAAGGCGUGAAGUUUAUGAGGAGGAGCGAGCGAUGCACACCCUGCCCGUGGAGCGCGAGAAGGGGACACGGGAGCUGCCCCAGACCCCAUCCAAGGCCACCCCAAGGCAGCUGAGGGUGCAACAGCGCCCGCUGCCCCCGCAGCCCCAGGAGCAGCCGCUGCCCCCACGGCCCCAGCCGCGGCCCCGCGCACAGCCACGGACCCCAAACCUGCCGAGAGAAAGGCCCUGAGCACUCAUCCUGGGCUCUCUGCUCCGCCAUUCACUGGGGAAAGAAAAGUUUCCCCCAGCCAGGAGCCCCUCCUGCCCAGCCCUGCGUAAUGCUCAGCUAUCAAAAGGCAGCUUUUGGUGCAGAAAAUUAGAGAGAGCGUCAAGUGGUGACGAGGAGACUCAAGGUGAUGGGCAUUAAUCCCUGUGGCCAUUUCUCUGUGAGUGUCUUCAUGUUAGGAUAUGGAUAUGGAGCACUGAGCCCUGUGUCUUUCUGUGGUUCAACUUGUUCUUACUGCACCUUCUCUUCUUCAUGCUUUUUGGAUGGUUUUCACCAAGAAGAAGCUAAAGCUCUACUGGGACAAAAUGGACCUAUGGAUCUCACAGGGGUUUAAUCUCCUGCUACACAUUAGGACAGCUCUCUGGCUUCAGCAUCAAACACAUCACCUCCUGGACCAAACAAUAAUUGUAUAUAAUUAAAUAUUUUUCUGAAGUUGAAAUGAUUUGUGUUGUAUAAUGCAGAGAAGAAAGUACUGAAAGGAUGUGUGAGAGCCUCAAGGCACCUGUGUGGGAUAAACCAAAUGGGAAAGGGAUAAACUUUUCCCUUUCUCCACUCUGUUUAAAAAGAAACUGUGCUUCAAUUGCAGCAAGAGAGAGUUAGGUCAGUAUUUAAUUUUUUUAAUGUAAUACUGAGAGUUUUCUGGGAGUUCUUCAGCAUUGGUGUUUCCAAGAGUGGAUGAGAAAACAUUCUGUGAAGCCUCUUUGUCCUGACAAGGGCCAGGAGAAUGUGCUACACAGCCUCUUCAGAGAUCGUUUCAACUCAGUUUUCUGUGACUUUUAGGCAAAUAAAACAAACCUUUAUUCUCAGCAUGAGUCUAUGUGGCUAUCCAGACAAUUUUUUUUUUUUGCAUAGCAGAGGUCUGGUCUCCUUUGGCUUGUGAAACAAAGCAUUAUGACCUGCUGGCCAGUAGGAUUACUGGUGUCUGAAUUGUCAGGGGUUUACACCUCAGAGGAUGUCAGGGUUUACAUCUCCUGCUGAGGGUCAGGGACCACAUCUCUUGAUUUUGCUGGUGCCACCUCAGGUAUAACCUGGGGAUGAUGAAGAGCUGCUGAGAGAUCUGCAUCCCCAAGGGAGAAGUUGCAUUGCAAUAAGUGCACCUGCAUCACCUUCCACAUGCUGGACAGUGCUCACUCCUCUGGGCUUUGGGGGUGUCCAUAAGAGCCUCUGCAGGACAGCUGAGGAGAUGAGAGCUGUUUCAGAGCAGUGUCUGGAGGGAUACCCUGACCCAUCUGGGGUAGAAAGUGAAGGAGGAGAGAGCUACACAAGCCACAGAGCAUGAGACAUCCACCCAGCUAGCUACUGUGUCAGGCAGAGCACCAACUCAUGCCUCUUGCAGGCUGGUGUGUCCCACAUGUGCCAGGGGAGAUAAAACAGCCAUGAAAUAUGGUCAUUUUUAUCUUCUGAUAUGAGGGCAAGGAGGCAGCUUGUCAGGAAAAGCAAGUCUCUGCCUCCUCCAGAGCUCAGUCACUUCACUUGAACUCCAACAGCCCUGGAGUGCCACUUGCUCUUGCCUUAGCUUUCUGCAGCUGAUUUUCGGGCUUUUGCUAUUUAAAAUUGCAUUUGGUAAGUGCUUCCAUAGUUUAUUUUCUAACAUACCAUAUGCUAUAUCCCUGUACUGAAUGAAUAAAGAGAAGACUGGGUGCAGAGGA